GUGCUCAAAUGAUAUUCCAAACUGCAAGGUUGCUGUUUAAGUGCUUCAACUGGAUUAAGGGCCUGUUUGGAUGGGCGUUAGAGGGGCGAAACGUGCGUUGCAUUUAGAGAAACGCGGUUCACCAGCUUUGCCACACCGUUUGGAUGGGUGUUUUUCUAAGCGCAUGAACGCGAAUUUGGGCCAAAACAACGUUUUUUUGGAAUUGAUAAAUUGGAGCUGUGGCGUUGGGCGUUUGACGUUCAACGCUGAUUUUUCUGGCUUUCACCAACCAGAUCCGACGCAUCCUGUCAGCCACCAGUUGUGCCCUCCUCCGCCGUCGCCAGUUCGCGCGCACGUAUUCUCAUAUCUGUGUAGUUUCGUUUGCGCUCCGCCGUUCUUCUUGGAUUUGUGCAACUCCGUUCAUGCUCUGUCGUUCUUCUCAGAUCUGUGCGACUCCGCUCGCGAUCUACCGUUCGUGCGCCAACUCCGUCCGCCGCUCACGCUCGGCGACUCCAUCUCUGUUCAACUCGUCCUUUCUUUCUCCUUCCUUUUACUGUUACGCGUUCUCUCUGGUUUUUUUUUUUAUAUUUUUGUCAAAGUCAUUUCACGGUUUAUAUUUUUAUUCAGCCUUUUUUUAAAACAAUUUAAUGAAUUUUAUUUUAACAAACUUAAUGAAUUUAUAAUGCUGUUGGAUUUUGAGUAACAGCAUUAUUAUAAACUUAAUUUGUUUUGUUUUUGAACGUGGCAUACUAAUUUGUUGAUUUGUUAAAAAAAAAAAUUGAACCAGUUGAUUUGUUAAUUUUAAGUUUUAUGAAAUGUCUUUAAUUUGAUUUAAUGCAAAAGGAGUGAUAUUUUUUUAAGAGAAAAAGUUUGAUGUAGGGAUGAUGUAAAGUUUUUUUACACCGUCAACCAAUCAGAUUUCAAAGAUGUGAGAAAAUUUCUCUUUUUAUUUAAUUUCAUUAAUUGACAUGCUACAUCCUUGAAAUCUGAUUGGUUGACAGUGUAAAAAAACUUUACACCGUCGGUGCAUCAAAAUUAAACUCUUUUUUUAAUUACAUCUUUCAAGCGUAAGUAAUUAAUAUCAUCCAAAAGAUAUUCAUUAUUUCCAAAUCACGUUUGUUACAAAUCAUCCAAACAUAAAUUACAUUUAUUUAAACACAAUUUUUCUCAAAACCAUUUUAACAAAAUCACAUUAAUUCAAACACCACGUUUCUAACGGAAUGUCAAACAGCACUAAGGAACCCACAUCCAGGGGCGGAUCUACCUUAUGUUCAGGGGGUUCAGAACAAAAAAAAUUGCCCUUAUUUCCCUAUAUAAUUUUUUUUAAACCCUGAAAAUUUUAAAUUAUACUAUUAGACUAAGUUUUACACCUACUUACACCAAAAAUCCACCUAUUUGUAUCAAUUAUGGACUUAUAUAUUUUCUGAUGUAUAGUUAUUUUUAAUUAUAUUUUUAUCAACGUGUUCAUUAAAAAAUUUGAACCCCUGACCCCGGGUCUUGGAUCAGGCACCGCCGACAUCCGAGAUGCUCUUACUUUGCUUUAUUGAAAGGAUGGCAGAAUUACAGGGACGGGGCCAAGUGGGUUCACCAAUUCACAUUGAAAUGGAAGCUAUCAAUUGUUGUUGGCAAUGACAUAAACAGAUGAUGAUAUUGCUUCUGUGUUGUGAAAUCUGGGGAGUUAAAGAGAUUUAUGCAGCUGAUGAGAGUCAAUGGUUGAUCCUUGCACACCCUUUAUUCUGUGCUUCACCCAAAUCCACAGGUUAGGGAAGGUUUAUGAAAAUGUGGAUUCCCUCAGUAUUGUGACUCUCAAAGAUGAGUUUCACCAAGAUGGCAAGGAGAAAGUUUAAAAUACAAUGCAUCAGAUAUCUCUGUUAUUGAGAGUUGCAAUGAGCAUAACCUGAGAAUGUAUAUAACUUUUGGAGGCUGAGCAUUGAUCAUUUGAAGCCUUACCCCAAUGGAUAAGCUUAUCAGUAUAUGUCAUUGCAUUCAUUUUCUUUGGAAUCAAUCCUUGCACCUGACAAGAACUUCCUCUUCACUAGACUCUUUAGAAGUGAAUCAUUCUAUCCGAGACGGUCAAAGUUUAGUUUCAGCAAGUGGAAAUAUUGAAGCCGGUUUCUUCAGCCCCGGGAAUUCAACGCGUAAAUACUUGGGUGUGUGGUACAGGAACGUGUCUCCUUUAACAGUGGUAUGGGUGGCCAACCGAGAAAAACCUCUGCAGAACAACUCUGGAGUUUUAAAACUCAAUCAAAACGGGAUUCUUCUGCUUCUCGACGGCGCAAACAACAGUACUCUCUGGUCAUCCAAUAUAUCAGCAGCAGGGAAUAAUAACCCAGUAGUGGCCGCUCAGCUACUGGAUUCAGGAAAUUUGGUAGUGAAAAAUGCCAACAACGACAGCUUUCUGUGGCAGAGUUUUGAUUAUCCCUGUGACACUUUGAUGCCGGGAAUGAAGCUUGGAUGGAACUUAGAAACUGGUCUAGAGAGAUUUCUGUCAUCUUGGAAAAGCACGGAUGACCCUGCCAAGGGAGAAUACACAAUGAGAAUUGACCAUAGAGGAUAUCCACAAGUGUUUGCAUUCAAGGGGUCUGAUAUAAUUUCUAGAACAGACCAGUGGAACGGCGAGUCUCUUCGUGGAUAUCCUGCUCCAGAUCCAAAAUACAAUCAAACAUUUGUGUUCAACGAAAAAGAGGUGUAUUAUGAGUUCGAGUUUCUUGAAAGUUCGGCUGCCAGCUUGUAUAGACUCUUCCCUUCAGGUGAUGGGGAGGUUAUAUCUUGGACAAUUGGAUCAGGUAACAGCCGGCAAGUCGUCACAAAAGCGGGCUUAGAUGAAUGCGACAAAUACGCCUAUUGCGGUGCAAAUUCUAUAUGCAGUGCUAACGGUUACGUUGCAACUUGUGAAUGCUUGAAAGGAUAUGCUCCCAAGUCUCCUCAACAGUGGAGUUUACAGAAUUGGACUGACGGCUGUGUUCCCAGGAAUAAAACUAUUUGCAAAAACAGUUACACGGAUGGUUUCUGGACUUAUACGUAUUCGAAAUUGCCAGACACGUCUUCGUCUUGGUUCAAUAAGACCAUGAACCUUGAGGAAUGUAAGGUGUUGUGUCUCAGAAACUGUUCCUGUGUAGCAUAUGCAAACUUAUAUGUUACUAACGGGGGAACUGGGUGUCUACUUUGGUUUCAUAAUAUGGUUGACGUCAGGAAAUACUCUCAACGGGGACAAGAUCUUUAUGUUAGAGUCCCACCUUCAGAACUAGAUCAAGUUGCAGCGGAUGACAAUGGAAACACCAAGAAGAAGAUAGCGGGAAUCACAGUUGGUGUGAUUAUUUUUGGAUUCAUGACAUGUUUAUCCAUAUUGAUAAUUAAAAAUCCAGGGGCUGCAAGAAAUAUUUACAACAAGCAUUGCAAAAAUAAACCGAGAAAGGAAGAUGUUGAUUUGCCAAUAUUCAAUUUGUCAGCCUUAGCUCAUGCCACUGACAACUUUUCAAGUAGUAAUAAACUUGGAGAAGGUGGCUUUGGACCAGUAUAUAAGGGCAUAUUGAUAGAUGGACAAGAGAUAGCAGUGAAGAGACUUUCAAAAAAGUCUGGACAAGGGUUGGAAGAGUUUAAAACUGAAGUAGCGUUGAUUGCUAAACUUCAACACCGUAAUCUCGUAAAGCUUCUCGGUUGUUGCAUUAAAGGAGAAGAAAAGAUGUUGAUCUAUGAAUACAUGCCCAAUAAAAGCUUGGACUACUUUGUUUUUGAUGAAACCAAAAAGAUGUCAUUGGAUUGGAUUAAGCGUUUCAACAUUAUUGGAGGCAUUGCUCGAGGACUUCUUUAUCUUCAUCAAGACUCUAGGCUGAGGAUUAUUCAUAGAGAUUUGAAAACUAGCAAUAUAUUGCUAGAUGCCAAUUUCAAUUCGAAAAUAUCUGACUUUGGGUUGGCUCGAUUAUUUUUGGGAGACCAAAUUGAAGCUAACACAAAUAGGGUCGCUGGAACAUAUGGGUACAUGCCUCCCGAGUAUGCUGUGCGUGGACAUUUUUCAGUGAAAUCAGAUGUCUUUAGUUACGGUGUGAUCGUACUGGAGAUUGUAAGCGGGAAAAAGAACAGGGAAUUUUCAGACCCAAAACAUGACCAUAAUCUUCUUGGAUAUGCGUGGAAAUUAUGGAGUGAAGAGAGAGCGCUAGAACUAUUGGAUGAAGUGUUAAGGGAGCAAUGCACACCCUUCGAAGUCAUACGAUGCAUACAAGUAGGCCUGUUGUGCGUGCAACAAAGGCCGGAAGAUAGACCAGACAUGUCAUAUGUGGUUCUGAUGCUAAAUGGUGAGAAAUUAUUGCCACAACCCAAAGUUCCUGGUUUUUAUACUGAAAGGGAUGUUAGACUCAAAUCACAUUCGUGGUCAGAAAAUCAUAAACUGUGCUCAGCUAAUGAAGUAACCAUCACAGAGUUAGAUGCGAGAUAGAAUAUGGCAGGGGGACAAGAAAAUGAAAAGACUUCACCUUCCAAUGUAGGAUAAAUAGGUUAUUCGAGGAUACCAAUCAAUGAAAUAGCUGUUGCUUUUUCUAUUAUGAACUCCUGUUUUAUCUAUUUAGUGUAUCUUAACACGUGUAUAAAAUAAACAAAAAAUUAUGUGAAGGUAAUUUUGCUUUUUGCAAUAGAAUAUGACAGUUAAAUUGCUUUGGUUUGGUAA